UCCACUUUUUGCCUACGCUGUACUCGAACGAACAACACGACUACAGCCGAAUUCCCUAUUACUGGCAGAAAAUAAAUAUGCAUCCGGGGUGCCGAAACCUGCAAAUCUCCAUUAGGCAACCCAGAUGACGUCAUUCGUUUCCCAUUACCCUGCCAUAAUCAGACAACCUAUUAACUUAAGAAACCUUGCUGAGGGGCGGAUCGGAUCAUUUUUUCGGGAGUUGUUCUUAUUAUCUGCUGUCAAGUGUCAAUUGUCAAUUUAUUUUAUUAUUUUUAUUUAAUUUUUUAUUUCAUCAGGCAUCAGGCAGGCGCAGGUGGUUGUCACGUUGGUAGUUUUAGUCAAGUGAAAGUUAUUUCGAAUAAUUUUGCAGGUCUAAUUCAUCAUGGUGCGUACCAAGCAAACUGCUCGUAAAUCAACGGGAGCAAAAGCUGCCCAAAAACAACCCGCUAAGAAAGCGGAUAAAAAUGAGAAAUUCACCGUAGGAGGCGUGAAAAAAUUCCGCACAUUCCGUCCCGAUGUUGGCGCUCUUAGAGAACUACGGCCCUACCAAAACUCCAGAGAGUUUCUCAUCCGUAAGCUGCCUUUUCAACGCUUCGUGCGAGAAGUCGCACAAGAUUUGAAGAAAGUUAUUUGUUUCCAGGCUGCUGCUAUUGGCGCAUUGCAGGAAGCGAGUGAAUCCUAUUUGGUUGGAUUAUUCGAGGACGCAAACUUAUGCGCCAAGCAUGCCAGAAGGAUAACAAUCAAGCCUAAAGAUAUAAAGUUGGCCCAUCGCAUCAGAGGCCAAAGAGAAAGAGAUUAAUUAUUAUUGUUCAGUUUUUUUUUUUUGAAAUUUUGAGUGUUUAUGUAGUUUAAGUUUACAUAGUUAAUGUUGAUAUUACGUUUUGUGUUAAAAUUUAGUCGUAUUGUCGUAUCUAAUAGUUAUUUAAAAAAAAAAAAGAUAUAGCAAAUAUCCUCUCAAAGUAGGUAGUUAAAACAGCAUUUCUCCAAUGGCUCUAGGUACCUAUAUUCAGUUUAAUGAUUAGGACUUGAGGUUAUGUCCAAUUCUGUUAAAUAAAGA